AUGCCUCCCAAAGCCACAAAGCGAGCCGGCAAGGCCCCCACUUCCUCCAAGAAAGCCAUCCCACCACCCUUUACUCCAGCACCCCCCGAGCUGUCCACCCUUCUUUCUACAUUCGAUCCUACCCUCGUCUACAUAGCACACGUCGACCCGCAUCCCGCCUGGUUCAAGCGACGCAUCUUCACCGUGCCCGUCCUGUUAAACACCAGCAUCGUGCUCCUCCUCCUAUGGCGCGCCUACUCCCUCGGACCCCAUUACUGGGACAUUCUACAAUCCGUGCUCGGCAAUCACAAUGAAACCACAAUAUACUGGGACUCUACACCGUGGGGCUCUCUGAUCUGGCAGCUGGGCAAGCGCACGGCCAUGUUCAUGUUGGAUUUCGUGCUAUUCCGCUUUGUCGCCCUCUGGCCCUUUUCCUUCUUCAUCGAGCAGCCCGGAAACCCCGUGAGCUGGCGAUGGAGCGUAGGCUUCCGGGACGAAGAAGUCUACGUACGUGUUAGCCGAGGCUGGGGCGCCAAGGAUCUCUUAGGAGAAGCAGAAGGAGGAAGUGGGCGAGCAGGAAGUGAGAAUCCCUUUUUCAAAACUAGAGUCCUACCCGCUGUAGACCAGAAGCGACUCCGAGAGAAGACGGGCUACAUGCUUAUGGACGCGGAUUUCGACCUCGAUUUCUUCGGCAUGGUGGCUGCGACACAGCUCCUCGAUCGCAAAGACAUUUCGCUUGAUCACCUGCGCAAAUCCGUCUUCGUAUACGUGGGCGAUGCAGAGACGGAAAACGGUCAAUGGGCGGUUUGGGAAUGUGCGAAGCUUGACGAGGGCUCGGAAACGGAGGCCAGGGACAAGGUCAUUGCGUUCAAGGAUAAGCUGACGGCUAUGGGCAAGGAGAGCUUGUUCUUCCGCUGGGUCGAGCUCAUUCAGUACGAAAGUAAUGCGCCAGGGGGUUUCACGCAGGAGAGACAGAUUGAGGCUGCCAAGAAGGUCAAGACGAUGUUUGAGAAUGAAGGCGUCGACUUCGAGGCUUUCAGCAAAGAAAUUGGUGGUAUGGAUGGAAUCUCUGGUGUGUAGCUUAUGUUCUCCCCUAGUGGGGUUGCAUGAAAAGCGGCUGUGCCGCGGUGAUUCCUAUA